AUGGAUGGAUUCGGAGUAGGAUGGUUCUCAACCGUCGAGCAAGAAUUCGCGACAGGAGAACAUGGCCGUGGGAAAGAGUUGCUUCGGCCUAUCGUGUACACCAACAUCCGUCCGCCCAUGAACGAUCUCGUUCUCCAGAGUAUUGCCCGCGGCACCAGCACGACAGCGAUCAUUGCCCAUGUCCGAGCCGCACCGGGGCUAACGCCCGUGGUGCAGACGAACUGCCACCCGUUCACCUUCGGACGGCAUCUCUUCGCGCACAACGGCAUCGUAGGCGCUUUUGCCUCGAUCCGAACGCCGCUUCUUCAGUAUCUCCCACUGAGGUACCAAACGGCGAUUCUUGGCACCACGGAUGCUGAGCAUUUGGGGGCCCUGUACAUGUUCAUGCUCUGCGGGGAAGAAGGGGACUGGACGUCACUGUAUGGCGUCCAUCAAUUGGCGGAAGCGAUGAGGAAAACAAUCGUUAUGGUCGAGAAUAUGCAGAAAGAGUUUGCGGGAAACUCAAAGGUCGAAAACACCCUGAAUCUAGUCAUCAAUUCUGGCUCUGAGAUGGUUGCUCUGAGAUACGCCAGCCCAGCCGGUGUAGAGGCUCCGAGUCUAUACUAUUCUAUGAAGGCAGGGUCCACCAUGAACAGAAAGUACACUGGGCAUCCGGACGACACCAAGGGUGAUGGUAGUCUUGACGAAGAGAGGGAUCUUUACGCGAAGGAUGAUCAUGGCCGCCAUGCCAUCGUGGCCAGCGAGCCCAGCACCCUCAACCAAGAUGAGUGGGACCUGGUUGAGCCGUCCCAAAUGGUUUUAGUUGACGAGAACAUCCGUCUGAAGGUGGUAGACAUGUAA